UACCAUGCUGCUACCAAGGUCUGCUCUCCUCCUCACUCUGCUCCUGGUCCCUGGCAUCCCCGGUCAGAGACAGAAGAAGCCCCCACUACCUCUGGUCCCCAUUGACAAAAUCCAACCUCAGGCCAACUUCGACCCGAAUCAGUUUUCAGGAAAGUGGCUCCUGGUGGCUGUGGCCUCAAAGUGCGGCCAUCUUCUGGAGUCCAGCCAUAGGUCUGAGGCCACGUCGGUGCAGGUUGCAGUGUCCGGCCCAGCGUUGGCUGUCAACACAUUCAGGAAACUGGAUGGGAUCUGUUGGCAAAUCAAACAAAAGUAUGAGUCCACCAAGCUCCAGGGUAGAUACCAUCUGCCAGGCCAACGACGCAGCAAGGGUGUGGAGGUGGUGGUGGGGGACACCGAUUACCACCAGUAUGCCAUCUUGUACUUUCAGAAGGCCCAACAAUUCUCCAUAAAGCUCUACGCCCGCUCCUUCCCUGUAAGUGAUGAUGUCUUGAGCAAGUAUGAACAACAUGUCACCGAUGCUGCCCUAAGUGAAGACUUCAUCUUUUACUUCCCCACCUAUGGGUUCUGUGAUUUCUCACAUGACUUCCAGGUCCUGGAUGAAGUGAAAAGCUGAGUUGGAAUGGAGAGGCCUGGGCCUGGCACAGUUCACUCUCCAGUGAGAGCAAGGAGGGGUUGUCAGCUGCUCCUGGGGCUUCCUUAUGACUACUGUCCAUUCAGACAUCAGGGCCUGGUCCCAGAGUAUGGGACUGGUGUUUUCUCUGGACCUUUGCCCCUGAUAUUUUCCCAGCCUCUAACCCAAUGACCCUAAUUUCAAUGACUUCUGAUUUUACUGACCCCUAACUCCAGCAAAGACCUUGAUUUCCAGGUGGGUCAAAUAAACUCCACCCUUUUCAGCCUGCCUACCAUUGGAAAGUCCAUAAAGGAGCUCAAGGACUAGUGAGACUGGAGUGUAAGAGGGUGGUUUGUUUUUUCAUUAAAAUUUUUCCUUGCCCCAUCUGA